UGUCGAACCUCUGAGUCCCGCACUAGCGGCCAGUGUUGAUGCGUUAUUCAGAAAAAUAGGCCGGCAGUACGCGAGCGUGAAAAAAUAAUCGAAAAUUAUCUGUGGCGGAUAAGUUCGAUAUAUUUGCGCGGGAGUAUUUUUAAAAAUUUUGCUGGUUUGUUUUCGUGUUUCCAUUGCGCUGUGUUGGAACAUUAGAAGGUUCUAGAGGGAUAAUUUUAAGCCGGUGGCAGGAAAUAACGGAGCCAUGGCCGAUGUGGGGGUGUCACAGUCGGUGCUUGUGGAGCCAAGAGGAGACAAUGGCAGAAAGUUGCCACAGUAUAUUGCUGCUUUGUCAGCCACUCUUGGUGCCCUGGCGGCUGGUUCCAUGCUCGGCUGGUCUUCACCUGUCGUCUUCAAGAUAACCCAGGAGAACAGUACGGACUAUAAUUUCGAUGUAUCAAGCACCCAAGGUGACUGGGUAUCUUCUUUGAUAAAUCUUGGAGCUGCUGCCGUUUGUUUCCCUAUUGGUUUAAUCAUGGAUGCCAUAGGAAGAAAGAAAACUAUGCUGCUGCUAACCUUACCAUUCACUUUAGGCUGGCUACUUAUAACCUUUGCCCCAAAUGUUGGGACUCUGAUGGCGGGAAGGUUUAUUACUGGUGUUGCUGGUGGUGCCUUUUGUGUCACUGCUCCUGCAUAUAACAGUGAAAUCGCCCAGGAUUCGAUACGAGGAACUUUAGGCAGCUUUUUUCAACUGAUGAUAACAGUGGGUAUACUUUUUGCUUAUGCGGUGGGCAGUUAUACGAGUAUUUUUGUCUUUAAUAUACUCUGUACACUGAUCCCUAUAAUAUUUGCAUUGAUAUUCUUCUUUAUGCCAGAAAGUCCUAACUUUUUGGUUGUAAAAGGUAAAUUAGAUGAAGCCAGAGAAUCUCUUAUCAGACUCCGCGGUAGGAAUUACGACGUUGAUAGUGAAUUGACCAAUCUUCAAAACAAAGCCGAGGCAGCCAAGAGCAAUCCAGUUUCUUUUCUCUCAGCGAUCACUAAGAAAACAGCCCUCAAAGCCUUACUCAUUUGCUACGCACUUAUGUUGUUCCAACAAUUAUCCGGCAUAAAUGCUGUAAUUUUCAACACAUCUGCGAUUUUCUCCAGUGCCGGAGCGACUAUACCAGCGCCGAUCGCCACAAUCAUAAUUGGGGUCAUCCAAGUCAUUGCCACUUUUGUAUCCAGUGUGGUGGUCGAUAAAUUGGGCAGACGUAUCCUGCUUCUAUUCUCUGCUCUCGUGAUGUGCUUGUGUUCGACAGCUUUGGGCGUUUUCUUCUUUUUGAAAGACACUCAUGGUGCGGAAUCGUCGAUAGUUGAAGCGAUCUCUUGGCUGCCAUUGCUCUCUCUGUCGUUAUUCAUUGUUUCGUUUUCUCUCGGUUUCGGUCCGAUCCCCUGGAUGAUGGCUGGUGAAUUGUGCUUGAUCGAUAUCAAAUCAUUCGUCGGUUCAACUGCUGGUACUUUCAACUGGCUUCUCAGCUUCACUGUCACGAGCACUUUCAAUUCCUUAAACACGGCGAUAGGCUCUGGCCAAGUCUUUUGGAUGUUCGCUGGCAUCAUGGUGUUAGGAUUCGUUUUCAUAUUCUUUAUCGUACCGGAAACUAAGGGUAAGAGUGUCGAUGAAAUUCAAAUAAUGUUGGGUGCGGAACCAGAAACACAGACAAAUGUCGAUGGAAAGAAAUAAACAAUCCUAGAGACUGAUAAAGUAUUUUUGUACGAAGAGUUACUAGGUAGUCUAUGGUUGGCUAAUUCUAGUUGUCUUUGGUGUUACAAAUCACAAUCUGGUGUGCUUCGUAAGCAAUUUAGUUACUGCUCUUUUACCAAAGAUUCAAUCGUCUGGAUUUGUUAAUUCGUCGACUUUAAUGUUAAGAUAUGAAAACUUAGCCUACACAUAGUUAAUUUAUUAAAUGUUUAACUGUAAUUAAUGCUCAUGGCAGCUUUUUUAAAAUAUAGACAUUAUUUUUCUCAUCCAAAAUGGGAACAUACUGAUAUUGUUAGUACAUAAGUUUUAUCAAAAUAUAUUAUAUCAAUUGUGAAGUUCAAUUUUUGAAAAAGUUUUAUAUAUAAUAUAUUUAUUUAGAUAAAUGUACAGGAUAAAUAAAUUGCCAUAUAAAACUUUCUACUUUCUAUGACAGCUAAGAAAUUGCCAUAUUUAUUUAAAAAUAUUUUAGUAUGAAUGAGGCUGCUGUCGUUAAUAGUUUAUGUAAUUUAUUGUUCAAUGUUGUAGUACAACUAGAAAUAAAACGGUUAAUAGAUAGAUAAUUAAAAAAACUCUUACUUUUUUUAAUCGUUUUAAACGAUUUAGACAUCUUAACGGAGUACCUUAUAUAUUUUAAAUAUUAUUUACACUUUUUACGUUUUUUUGCUGGCAAACGAAGUAUAAAUAACGAUUACGAGUAUGGCAACAUCGAUAUUACGAAAUAAUUAUUAUGUUUUAAAUGGAUAUUGCAUAUAAUUUAUUAACACAGAAUUUUCACUCUUACGUGUUAGAUAUAAGUGUUAUAUUUGUAUGGUAAAAUAUUACAAUUUAGAUCUAAAUCCUUGUUGCCGGCUUCUCUGUAAAUGAAAACUUUACGAUAUUGUUUUAAAUAAAGCACUAAUGAAUUUUGUUCAACAAAUUAUGUAUAUUUUA